AUGGCGGGUCCUCCCUCCAUAUUGGACGAAUUCCUCGCCGGCGUCGCCGUCCAGAUCCAAAACCGCGAUGGCGCCAAGCUGCAAGACUUUCUGCAGAUUGAACCUCCCUUGUCGGAUGCCUAUCAGCGCAUAGUCCAGGAACUUCGACAACGAUAUCCGCCCGGUAACGAAAGCGAGUCCGCCCUCUUGUCACGAUGCGAGGCGCUGGUGCCGCGGACCAAAGGCUCUUCGUCAUGGACGGCUUUCCCGACUUUUAUGAAGCUCUACUUCACAUUUCUCCGCGACGUCAAUACCGAUAAUCUACUCGACACAUACAAACAGUUAAAAGCCUUGCUCAAUCAAUGCGUCCUAGCUCUUGGAGACAGUCAAAUGGGUGUCAUAGUACUGCCUACCGUUCUCUACCUAUCAAAAGUCUUGGCAAAGCUCGCCAUGGGAUUAGACCGCCGGCCGGAACUGAUCGCACAUAUGUUGCGUAUGGAGGACAGCAUGGGUAACGAAGAAGGUAAUGAGAAAGUCACACUGGUGGAGCAGUCAGCGAACGUCGUGCGUGAGGCUUUCAUCAAGUGUUUGACCGAUCGCACCGGCAACCCAGGCCCUCAUAGCAAGCCCGAGGGAAAGCGGGUGGGAAUCUAUCUCAUGGCCAAUCUGUGUCUCAAACUUCUCUUCCAGUGUGGCAAGCUACGCAACGCCGAACAAAUGUUCGCCAGUAUCAGUGCCCAAUCCCCUCCAUUAGCGCAUUUCCCUGCCUCACAGCGAGUCACCUACCUCUACUACCUCGGUCGAUAUCUAUUCUCCAACAACUUGUUCUACCCAGCUCUUGUGGCUCUCCAGGCCGCCUAUGAGCAAUGUCACCGACAAGCAAUCAGCCAGCGACACCUGAUUCUCGCGUACUUAAUCCCCUGUAACAUUAUCAUGGGCCGUUUCCCAUCUCGGGGGCUCUUGCAGCGACCCGAGGCAAAUGGAUUGACUGAGCAGUUCGAGCAACUGUGCAGAUUGAUUGUCCGGGGUGAUUACAUCGCAUUUCGAGAGUACCUCUCCCCGAGCUCGCCUGCCGCGGAGUGGUUUUCGCGAAAGGGGAUUUUGCUCACCCUCCGGAACCGUUGCGAGAUCAUGGUCUGGCGGUCAUUCUGUCGAAAAGUCUUCAUCCACAGCGGUUACCUCGGGGACCCUCAAGCGCAGGCGCAGCGUGGACCCCCACCAUACCUCUACCUCGAGAAGUUGGCUGUAGCUACCAGGUGGUUGCAAGUGCAACAUGGCCAAUCGCAGAUUUCAAAAGGAGCACGCCCCGAAGAUGUUGAGUUUCACUUUUACGGUUCUCAAACUAUCCACCAGUCCACCGAUCCGGACUUUCAAAAUCUAGACACUCCCGAACUGCCCUCAGCAGAAUAUCUGUUGGAGAGAUUUGGGGAUUACCUCGCACCUGAUGGGUUUUUCGACGAGAUGGGCUGCUGGCAUGAUAAUGUGCCAGGGCAAUUGAUUGAUGGCGACCCGGGCGCGGAUCUCGAUCCUGCAGACUUGAAUCCGUACUUCGAGCCCACCGAAGAUGGGCCAGAUGCGGACAAACACUUCCUACUUAUGGAAGAAAUUGAGACAAUUCUUGCCUCCCUCCUAAGCCAGGGCUUGAUGCGCGGCUAUUUGACACACAGAAAUCCACGUUUCGCCAUUCCUGGAGCCCGGCAACGAGGUGCUCUACCGACCGGAUUCCCCAAUAUCUGGGAGACUAUCUUCUCCCGUGAAAGAGAAGACCCAGAUGUUCCCGGCUGGGUAUGUCCACCACCACCAGGAGCGCUGGACGCGGCCGGUGGAGGCCGUGUGGUCAACUUGUCGGGUGCUCGACCCGUUGGAGUCCAAUGA